GCCAUCGCUACAGACAGAAGGAAGAGCUGUUCUCCCUCCGUUCAGUGUAGAAGCGUCAGCUUGAGCUCUGUCUUCAACUCUCUUCUCUGGUGAAUGUAAAUGAUGGAAACAUUGGUGACGUUCCUCCUCACUGGAUCUCUGAUACAAGGUGUUUUGUGUGGCUUUAAUAUCAAUCUGCCGAAUAAAGUAGAAGCUCUGCAAGGAUCCUGUGUUUUCAUCCCCUGCACAUUUGAUAUUGAUCAACAAUAUGAAGCUGACCUCACUGACAGUGCAAAGAGAAUGUGGUUUAAAGUUGGAAGAAGUACCGCUGUGUUUGACUCCAGCAGCCCCAACACUGGACGGUUAAAAGGAGAAAUAUUUGGCACUGCUACACAGAAAAACUGCACCACACGAUUCGAUAAUAUUGAUCAGAGUCAUAAAGGGUCAUAUUACUUCAGAAUCGAAACCAAUACAGCAUUGAAAUAUAACUACAAAGGACCUACAUACUCUCAAGUUGAAAUUGUCGUCUUAGGAUCUCCCCCCAAACCUACACUGAGCAUCUUUCCGGAUCAGGAGGAGGUGAUUGAGGGAAGUUCAGUGAGUCUGCGCUGCUCUACUAAGAUCUUCUGUCCGUCUCGUCCACCAUCUCUCACAUGGAGCUCGUCUCUCAUCGAGAGCGUCACAGGACGACAGUAUCAGAGCCAAACUGAGCUCAUCUCUGAUCUGAACUUCACUGUUUCUCACCGUCAUCACAGAGUCACUUUCACCUGCACUGCAACACACCAGAUACAGAAGCAGAUCACAACACAGCGCUCCCGUCUGCUACGCGUUCAGUAUGCUCCUAAAAACACAUCUGUGAGGAUAAAUCCAGCUGGAUUAGUUCUGGAGGGUCGUUCAGUGACUCUGAUCUGCAGCAGUGAUGCAAACCCAGCAGUGAACUACACCUGGUACAGAGACACUGAGAGACCUCUGAAUCCAGUUCAGACCGGACCAAACCUGACCAUCAACAACCCCGACCCGACACACAGCGGACGAUACUACUGUACAGCUGAGAACAAACAAGGCACACAGAACUCAUCAGUGCUGCUGGACGUCCAGUAUGCUCCUAAAAACACAUCUGUGAGGAUAAAUCCAGCUGGUUUAGUUCUGGAGGGUCGUUCAGUGACUCUGAUCUGCAGCAGUGAUGCAAACCCAGCAGUGAACUACACCUGGUACAGAGAGACAGGGUCUCAGUUUCAGCUCCUCCAGACUGGAUAUAAUCACACCUACAUUGUGACAAACCCAACACACGGAGCAUGGUAUGGCUGUAAAGCUCAAAACCAGCAUGGCCUCUGCAAUGCUACAAUUCAGCUGGAUGUUCAGUUUGCACCCAAUAUCUCCAUCUCUUGCAGUCGAAGCAGUGUAACGGAGUGUGUGUGUGAGGCUCAUGGGAAUCCCUGUCCUACACUAGAGUGGCGUCUGUCUGGACGUGUGAUCACUAACUCUACAGAAACCUCCAUCAGUGAGGAGACGUUAGGAAGCACAGGAGUGAAGAGCGUCCUGAACAUCCAUCAGUCCCUCACAGACACGGACGUCCUGCAGUGUUUCAGCACAAACAAAUACAGCAGCGCCAGCGCCAGCCAACAGUUUCGGUUCGUCCCACCGCUACAAGACACACGUUUCCAUCAUCCGUCGGUGCUGAUCGGAGCUGCUGUCGGAGCCUCAGUGAUGAUGAUCGCUUGCUUCGUGACUCUCUGCUACGAACGAAGAAGGAAAGAAAAACCUUCAGAAACCAGACAAGACACAUCUGGACUCAUUCUGACUCAAACAGCCGUUUCUCUGGAUAAUGACAGUGAGUCUGUUUACACCAAUAAAGGCAUGCUGUCAUCCACCGCACCGAGUGCACCUGAAUCUCUUCAUUAUUCCUCCAUUUACUUCACAAACGCUGACCCGCCGUCAGGAGAGAUCAUGGGCCUGUCCUCGCUGACCAGUGAAUACGCUGCGGUCCGACACUGUCCUGCAGGAGACACAGACACAGAGAACAACACCUCAACAUCUGAGACAGAGCCCAAAAAACCAGACAUGACAGCAAAGAUCACAGACACGUCCUCACCGGCAUCAGAAGACGUGAUUUAUGAAAACACGAGCCAUCGCUACAGACAGAAGGAAGCACUGGUCAGCGCAGAUGAUGCUGAAAAACCAGACUGAACCAAAACCUUUGAAUCUUUGAGCAACAAUUUAAGAGAUCCUUCAUCUAAAAAUAACAAUUACAAACCUACAGAACUUUCUUUCAUCUGUGGAACAUAAAGGAAGAUAUUUUAAGUGUUUAUUCCUCAUCGUUUUAACAGGAAAUCGAUAGAUCGCCCUAAAAGGAAAAUUUACUGUUAAUGUACUCACCCUCAGGACGUAAACGAUGAAAAUUACUUUAUUCUUCAGUAGAAUAGUAAAGAAUUUUCUUGGCAAUUCAUAAAAUGCAAAUCAGCAUCUACAGUCACUCUGAAAGGCAAAAAAAAAGCAAAAAAGUUAUUAUGAAGCAAAACGAUCUGAAGAAGCUGAACAUUAUUUACAACAGUAUCACCUGUAAUCCAGUCCUGCAUGGUUUAUUUUUUAAUAUGUAUUUUACUAUACACCUAUCACUUUUAUUUCCUGAAAAAGGAAUAGCCUACAAUCUCUAAUAAUAAUAAUAAUAAUAAUAAUAAUAAUAAUAAUAAUAAUAAUAAUUGAAUAAGUCUAUUUAA